AAAACUGAACUAAUUAAACACUUUUUAAAUAACUUUAAAGAAAAUACACUACUUUACAAACUUUGUUUGGAAAGUGAACUUAAUAUGGUGGUCGUGACGUCAAGCUCCGCUUGUCUACUGUUUAUUGCAGUAUGACCCCUAAGACAUCGUACAAAAGUUUGUUUAUACGGGGCGAUUCCAAUUUUGUGAAAAUUGUGUCGAAUAUUAUCAAAAAUAUGCGGAAACAAAUUAGAAUUGUACGUAAUUUGAUAAAUUCAAAAAUCACAGUGUUUUUUAUUAUGUUUAUAGAAAAAAAAAACGAUUUGGAUGAGUUUUUUGUGCAAAUUGUGUGGUUAUCAUAUGCCGAUGAGUGUGUUUGGUGAUUUUCAACAAGUUUGGUUACAAAGGUUCCCCGAUAGCCCUUUACCAGGUGCAUGGGAGGAGGAUGUUAGAGCCAACUUAGCAAAACAUAAACAAAAGGUGCUACUUUUAAAAGAAGAACUAGAAAAAGAGCAAUUCUACGUUGAAUAUUUGGAGAGGCUGUUAAGUGAUGUUGAAGAACAUAAGAAAAAAAUAUCAAAAGAGAAAAGUGAUGAAUCUGAUGAUGUCAUUGUAGAUACUGUAUCUAAAGCUGAAGUUACCACAACCGAAGUUAGUAAACCGGCGACAAUAUCUUUAAAUGUCGAAGAACCCGAAAAUAUAUCAGCUAAUAUGUGUGUUAACGAAUUAUCCAAACAAUUGGUUAAUAAUGAAGUACCAGAGAAAUAUGAACCCACCGCGCCUCCUGAUCCGGAUCCAGGAACCUUUGUUACAGUGAUAGAGGUGAACGGUUUAAAACAAAAUACUUCUCCAGUUAAAAUACCACCAAAGGUACCACAAAGACCAGAUUCCUUAAGAACCAAACCAAAAACAAGCUCCAGUGAUUCUAGAUCAUCUUCAUCGGAAUUCCUUGCAGCUACAGACGAACCUUAUUAUGAUAUGGUUGCCACAGAUGAAGAUUUUAUAGUUAAAAGUAAUCAUUCCAGUACUGAAAAUGUUUUUAGUUCAACUAGCACCCUACAGAUAGAAUCCAAGAGAGAUUCGACGCAAGCCGUACAAGAUCCACAAUCUCCAGGCACUUCGAAUUACGUCAAUAUUGAAUAUUUUAUACAUGCAACUAAAAAGAAUGGUAAUGGUCAUAGUAGUAGCGAAGAUGAACAAGAAGAUAUAACUGAAUUGAGAAGACAAAAUGAUAACAGUUCCUAUGCUAGUUCCAGUUCUUUGGAAUCUGUAACACCUGCGAGUAGAAGAAAAUUUAGUCACGAUGGAAGUGAUGUAAAGGGUGAAACAGAUAGAAUGUAUAAAAGUAUUUUUUAUAAUAUAACCGACAGUGAAAGUAACUACGUUGAUUGGUUAAGUUUUUUAUUGAAGUACAUGAAGGCAAUUCAAGCAACUAUAGGAACUUCACAACCAAUCGUUAGUGAAUCAGAAUUGAACACAAUUUUUUACAAAAUUCCGGAAUUGUAUAAUUUACAUGCCAAUUUCCUGGAGGCACUCAAAAGACAUAUCCAAACUUGGGAUACAAGAAUAGGAGAACAAUUCAAAAUAAUGGCAACGAAUCUAUCAUUAUACGGGGCGUUUUUGAGCAAUUACGGUUUAGCAUUGGAUACAGUAAGAAAAUGUAGUGCUGCGAAUGUACAGUUUGGGGAAAUAUCAAAAAAUAUAACGUGUAAGCAACUUUCUGGACAACCGAUUAGUUUAGAAGACCUUUUGCAUAAACCGGUAGCUAGGGUACAAAAAAACGCGUUAGUCUUACACGAUUUGUUGAAAUUUGUUCCUUCUUCACAUCCAGAUCAUCACAGUUUAGCUGAAGCUUUAAAUCUCACCCAGAAUUUUUUGGACCAAUUCAAUAUGAUACAAACAAAAUCUAUGUUUCCUGCUACUGAUAGAGCACAGAGGAGAUUAGUGAAAAAUUCAUUUAUCGUUGAAUAUGUAGAUGGUCAUAGAAAAUUGAGGCAUUUAUUUUUAUUUAACGACGUUAUAGCUUGUGCCAAAUAUAAGACUGCUGGUAGGAACGAAAAGUAUACAUUCGAAUUGAAGUGGUUCAUACCAGUUGAAGAUAUAUUAACAUUAGAAGAGACUACUGCAAAUCUACACGAAGUAUCGCAAUCAAAUAUAGUAGCUUUGAAAUCUCAAGCUUCGAAUGUUAGAGAUCAGUUGCGACAAGAAGAAAAAGCGAACGAAGACAAGAAUCGUUCUAAAUUACUCCGCGGUUCGGAUAAAUAUAGAAAAAGACUGAUAGAACUAGAAAGUCAAUUGGUACUGGUAUCACCGAAUCUUGUUUACCGUAUAAAGAACAAACAGACGGGUCGUACUUAUAUGUUCUUCUUAUCGUCUGAUUUCGAACGUACCCAAUGGAUAGAGGCAAUAUUGACGUUACAAAAGACUGAACGUACCGGAAAGGUUACUGCCCAACCGUUCAAUAUGUUGGAAUUGCAAACUUGGAUAACCGCUUGUAGGCAAUUUUUGAAAACUAAUAUGGGAUCGUAUUUAUUGAGAAGUGGAAACGAUGAGAGUUUAUUAGUAGGUGAUUUGCAUGUUUACAUCUACGAUUUGACUGGGUUGGAAUAUUACUGUGAUUUAUAUAUAGUCAUCGAAGUCGACUUUUACGGUCACUUCUUUCAAAAAGCCAAAACGAAAGUAAUUUGUAAUACAAACAAUCCACAAUGGAAUGAAAAUUUCAUGAUAGAUUUGGAAGGUUGUGAAAACCUUCGGGUAUUGGUUUACAGAGACGGUAUGACGAAUCCCACUCUAUUCGGUAAACAUACACAAAAAUUGAGUAGGAAAUGGUUGAAUCAACACAUCACCGAGAAAAGUUUGUCCAUAAACGGUUGUACAUUACGUAUGGGUUUGAAAUACAUUCCUUGUGAAAUUAGUUUAAGGAGAGUACCGACUGGUAAAACUGGGGCCUUAUUUGGCGAAAAAAUACAAGCUGUAUGCAAGAGGCAGAAACGCGACAUUCCUUUUAUUGUAACUGCAUGUAUACGGGAAGUGGAAAGGAGAGGCAUGGCAGAAGUAGGAAUAUACAGAGUGUCUGGUUCUUCUCUCGAUAUAACCAAAUUAAAAAAAUCUUUCGAAACAAAUUCUUAUGAGGCUGAACAACUUCUAAAAGAAGUGGAUAUUCAUUCGGUGACUGGUAUUUUGAAAUUGUACCUAAGGGAACUACCCGAAGCUUUAUUUACUGAUUAUUUGUAUCCUGAACUUUUGGAAGCUUUUAAUCAGAGCAAUGGUAACUUAAAACGUAGGACUGAAUUACUUAAGGAAUGCUUUCAAAAACUACCCAAGCAGAACAGCGAAACCAUUAAAUGCAUAUUGGAUCAUUUAAUAAGGGUCCAUCGACACGAGAGCGACAACAAAAUGUCGCUGCACAACUUGGCGACUGUCUUCGGUCCAACGCUUCUACGUCCAGCAGUCAAACCGGACAACAUAAAGCAAAAAGACACUUUGGCCGCUGGUACCGUGGACGUAAUGGCUCAAGCGGGCAUCCUCUACUGCUACCUCCAAGAUCUCUUGAAUACAUCGCAGAGGAUAUGUAGAUGAAGUGGGUAUUUUUAAGGAUGAGGUUUUCUAAAGUAAUAAAAUACCAUUACUGUAACCCAUCACCAUUUACGAAACACCAAAUCUCUUUUAUAUAUAUUUGUAUACAUGCAAUGUGACUGUAAUUAUCUUUAUUUUUAAGUAUAUUUUGUAAAAUAUUAACAGAGCUAAGUUCAGGAAGUGUGAGUUUUGAAAAAUAUAAUUUUUUAAGGUAUGUCUAGUGCAAAGUGUUUACUGAACGUAGGACAUAUUUUCAGUUGAAAAUAUUGACAACUAUGCUUCAACUGUCAAAUUGAUUCAUUACUGUAAUGUUCACUCCAGUGAAUUUGUUGAGGUUUAUUUGAACUAUUUUGUCGAUUUUGUGGGGUUUUUCAAACAGUUUAGUUUCUACAAUUUUAUAUUCUGUGAAUUCUUCAUUCGAACUACUUUUUGAGUCAGAAUUUAUUUAUUAUUUUCAUUUCCUUGAUUCUUCUAGCUGAGGAAUAUUUUUUAAUCAGUACAGGAUCAUUUGAACUACUUCCAACUGUUUAUUCAGUUUCUACAUCACUUGUUGGUUUUAUUAUGAAAAAAAAAAAAUCGUUUAUUUCCAAAGUUCACCAAAACUUUAUUUCAACAACUUAUUCAGAUCUAUUCUACAUCCUUUCUUCAUUUGAACUACUUUUCGAGUGCUGCAUCGAAGCCGAGUAGUAUGGUUUAUUUAAACUAAUCUAUUAAUUAAGAGGAAUUUUUAUAUUUCUAAAACGAAUUUGCCCAUUUUCGAAGUUCACUCAAUCUUUCUUCAUAUGAACUACUUCAUUAUGAAUUAAUUUCCAAAUUUUGUUCAGGUUUAUUUGCACUACUUUGUUGAUUUGUACUUAUUCAGACAGUUUCUUUAUACAAUCUUCCAUUCUGUGUAUUUGUCAUUUGAACUACUUUUGAGUUCUGAGCUUGAUUAUACUUUGCAUUGAUUGCUGGAACUCAAUUUAAGGUAUAUUUGCACUAUUUUAUAAUUUUUUUAAUUUGUGAAACGAUUUGUACAUCAUUUAAAUGAACAAUUUACAACUGUUAGUUCAUUUUACUAAUUGGGAGGUUUAUUCGAAGAUCUUUUCUACGGUCUCUUUUCAUUUGAACUAGUUUUUGAACUCCGAACUUAAUUAUAAUUUUUAUUUCCUCUAUUGCUUGAGCUCAGGAAUAUUUAUAAAUCAAUUUAAGGUUUAUUUGAACUAUUCUCAAUUGUUCAUUAGGUUGUACUUCUCUUAUUGGAUUUAUUUUGAAAAAGUUCACUAAGGUAGGCCUACUUGUGUAAUAUAAAUUAAUUAUUGGUAGUUGAAGUAUAGUUUUUAGCUAUUGUAGUAAUAAAAAAAUAUGUUAUAUAUUUAUAAACUGAAUGGCAGUUUAAAAAAAUUGAAAAAAAAGCUUUACAUGUUUAUAGAUGAACAAACAACUAUUUUAAUUUUUUUUUUGUUUUUCUUAAGCUUGAAGUUUUAAAUUUAUUAUAUAAAUAUUCUAGUCAAAUUAUUUAUAUUUUGUUAUACAGUUGAAAUUAAAAAUUUCGCCCAUAAAUAUCGAGACUACUUACCCAUAAUAUGAAGUUCAUUUGAACUACUUCUCAAAUACAUAACUAUUUUCUAAAUUUAAUUAUUAUUUGCCACCAAAAUUCACAUAUUUUAAAUACAUUAAUAGUUUUAUGUCUCGAUCAAUCAAUAUUAGGCAAUAAAUUGACUUAAUAUAUAAUUUUAUUUUAAACUUAAUAAUGUAGGAGCAAUAAAUUCUGAUGUAGUACUUAGUAACUUCCGGUUAUAGUAUUUUGCUUCAAUUAGAAUUUUAUUUUGACAUAUUCGAGUAUUUUAUUGAUAUAUAGUGUAAAAAUUGUUUACGUUAGUUAGGAAUCGGUUUAAUUUAUAGUCGAAAUGUAUCGAACACCCUGUAUCGUACUAAGGCAUUCCUCUAUAUUCAUUGUAAACACUUUGUACUAAUAAAAACUUUUGAUAUAUUUGAUUAUUGAA